UUCUUCCUUUUAAUAUCCCCUAAUGCCUUAGUUAAUUAUUGUCAUUGUUCUGACUCUCCAUUUCUCAACUGAACCAGUUAGAGGAGGCUGAAUAUCUGCAGGACUUAAUCUAAGACCACAGAAGACCCCAGUCCAUCUGAAUUGACAAAACUAAGACAAAAAGAAUAAAGAGAACCCCUAAUAUUUUCCUGGCAACUCCUUCAUCUAUUGGAUUGCUGACUGGGCACAGGCUGGGAUGAGGGAUAUGAGGGGUUUAGAAGAAUUCUCCAGUUGAUUGUCACAGGAGAGCUGGCUGAGGGGAAGAAGAAGCUGGAGGAGGGUUACCUGGCAUCUCAGUGAACCAUAGGAUGGUGGUGCUUCUCCCCUGGCUGUCCAUGAUUCUAUGGCUAGAAAAUGCCCAAGCUCAACUUGAAGAUGAAGGCAAUUUCUACUCUGAAAACGUCAGUCGGAUUCUUGACAACUUGCUGGAAGGCUAUGACAAUCGUCUACGACCAGGAUUUGGAGGUGCUGUCACAGAAGUCAAAACAGAUAUCUAUGUGACCAGCUUUGGGCCUGUGUCAGAUGUGGAGAUGGAGUAUACAAUGGAUGUUUUCUUCCGCCAGACUUGGACUGAUGAGAGACUGAAGUUUAAGGGUCCCGCUGAGAUUCUGAGCUUAAAUAACUUGAUGGUUAGUAAGAUCUGGACUCCUGACACUUUUUUUAGAAAUGGGAAAAAGUCAAUUGCUCACAACAUGACCACCCCUAACAAGCUCUUUCGAUUAAUGCAGAACGGAACAAUUCUGUACACCAUGAGACUUACCAUCAAUGCCGAUUGUCCCAUGAGGCUGGUCAACUUUCCUAUGGAUGGGCACGCUUGUCCACUCAAAUUUGGGAGCUAUGCUUACCCUAAAAGUGAAAUCAUAUAUACAUGGAAAAAAGGACCACUUUACUCGGUAGAAGUCCCAGAGGAAUCUUCCAGCCUCCUCCAGUACGAUUUGAUUGGGCAAACAGUUUCUAGCGAGACAAUUAAAUCUAACACAGGUGAAUAUGUAAUUAUGACAGUCUAUUUCCACUUACAAAGGAAGAUGGGCUACUUCAUGAUCCAGAUAUACACUCCAUGCAUUAUGACAGUCAUUCUUUCUCAGGUGUCUUUCUGGAUUAAUAAGGAAUCGGUUCCAGCAAGAACUGUCUUUGGAAUCACCACUGUUUUAACCAUGACUACCUUAAGCAUCAGUGCCCGGCACUCCCUGCCCAAAGUGUCCUAUGCAACUGCCAUGGAUUGGUUCAUAGCCGUGUGCUUUGCUUUUGUCUUUUCUGCUCUCAUUGAGUUCGCCGCUGUCAACUACUUCACCAAUCUCCAGUCACAGAAGGCUGAAAGGAAGGCACAGACUGCGGCCCCGCCCCCUGUGGCAAUAUCAAAAGCCACGGAACCACGGGAAGCUGAGAUUGUUGUGCAUUCUGACUCCAAAUACUACCUGAAGAAGAGGAUCAGCUCCCUGACUUUGCCGAUAGUUCCAUCUUCUGAGGCCAGCAAAGUCCUCAGUAGAACACCUAUCUUACAAUCAACACCUGUCACUCCCCCGGUGCUCUUACCAUCUGUUGGAGGCACCAGUAAAAUAGAUCAGUAUUCUCGAAUUCUCUUCCCAGUAGCAUUUGCAGGAUUCAACCUUGUGUACUGGAUAGUUUACCUUUCCAAAGACACAAUGGAAGUGAGCAGUACUGUUGAGUAGUUUGCAGCCAGGACAACCCGGAUGCUGCAGUGUCUCGUUUUCCUCCCUGACAUCACACAAAUUAUUAAGAUUUGUGUAGAUAGUCUCAUUUCUGAUAUGAAGUGAAAACUGAAUAUCUGUAAUUCAUAAUGUGGAAUAAGCAUGUACGGGCCAAAACAAUGAUGUUACUCUUCAAAAUUGAAAUUGGAAGGCUACUGAAAAUAUGGCUUUUCUAUACAAUAAAAUAGUUAGUAAUAAUAAUGUAUGCAUAUAAGGUAGAUUCAGGAUGAGUUUGCCAACCUUUAUUUUCAUUGUUCAAUAUUUUUAAUUGUCACUGUGAAUAAUAUUUCCCACAAGGCAGACAAACUCAGACACGCUAAAGCUUGCAUUAAAUUUGUUUAUUUUUGCUUAAUUUCUAUUCUAAAUCUUUAUUGUAUGUUUGCUCAGCAUGCUGGAGGCCUUUAUGGCUUUACAAGAACUUUCAGUGGCAUUGGACAGCUUAUAUUCAGUUAGACAGUUCUUUUUAACCUUGCUGUGUUCUUUUACCUCAAUAAAACGUGGCAUUAUAUACAUAUAAAUAAAACAUAGUUUAUAAAUUAUGUAUGCAUAUGUACAUAGCUUUAGUUAUGCUGCAAUACUGUUGCUACUUCCCACUGAAUUCAUCUUUAAAAGUAUAUGCCUGCUAUAACACCAGGAAGUUUUAGGAAGGUCACUCUGUGUACUAUGACUGUAUAUUCUGAUUGUGGUUACCACACAUAUGUUCCACUUUCCUAAAUAUAAUAGUAAAUAAAACCAUAACAAGCCUGC